ACAUGGAGCAGUGGAAGAAUCGAGUGGCUGUUGUGACGGGCGCUUCUGCAGGAAUCGGGGCCGCAAUCGUCAAGGAUCUGGUCAAGGCUGGAAUGAUCACAGUUGGAUUGGCGAGAAGAGUGGAAAGAAUCGAGGCUUUAAAGAAGGAUCUUCCGGCUCAUCUUCAGGGAAAUCUUCACGCUGUGAAGUGUGACAUUACCAAAGAAGACGAAAUUGUAAGGGUUUUUGAUCGGAUCGACAAGGAAUACAAUGGAAUUGAUGUACUCAUUAAUAAUGCUGGUGUUAUUCGUGAAACUGAGUUGAUCAGAAGUGACAAUUCAACUCCACUUAGAGAAAUUAUUGACACAAACGUCUUCGGUCUGGUUUUUUGCACCCGUGAAGCUUAUAAAUCUAUGGAAAAGCAUGGAAGGAAUUCUCAUGUCGUUCACAUUAAUAGUGUCGUAGGACACAAUGUUAUCUGUAAUUUGCAGAUUCCUUCUUAUAAUAUAUAUCCUCCGAGCAAAUUCGCUGUGACCGCGAUCACGGAAAUCCAUCGCCAGGAAUUCAUCAGAAGCAAGCAUCACAUCAAAGUGUCUUCAGUGAGUCCAGGAGCUGUGAAAACUGAAAUGGUUUCCGAUGAGUUUUUUAAAGAGAGAUUCGGGGAUAUACCUUUUCUUCAAGCUGAAGACGUUUCACAAAGUGUUCUUUACGUCUUGGGAACUCCUCCUCAUGUGCAGAUUCAUGAACUCAUCGUCAAACCAUUUGGAGAAUCUUUUUGAUUUCCCAACAAUAAAUGAAUGACUUGCUGUUGAUUCUUUUAUUUAUAUGACCCUACACGAU